AAACAGAUGACAUUGCUAAUUUUUCAAAUCUCGUUCUUCCAAAAUUCGUUGCAAUAUUUUUCUCUGAGAAAUUUUUUUAGAAGGAAGAUGAAAAAUCUCUGUUUCGUUGUGUGAAAGAGUAGAAUCCAAAAGUAAGGAGUGGUUCGCUUGAAUCUGUUUAUUAUAUCACGCUCGCGGUGAAUUCGAAAGUGGAUUCUCAAUAUUUGGGAAUUGAAAGUUGAUAGUAGAUGAAGGAGGAAUUUGAGAGAUAAGAGAUAUGAGAGUUGCUUUUCAGGGGCUGGAGGUACAAUGACUGGAGGGUCAUUGGGAUUAAGACAGUCAGGAAGUUGUGGAUCCUUGCAGCUACAGGCACAGAAUGAAGGGUUCCAGCUGCAGAAUUUGUAUCUACCUCGUAGGUCUUCGAAGGCAUGCCUUGCCGGUUACAGGGAGAAGGAGAAGUUUCUGCCUGCUUCUAUCAGAUAUUUGAGUCGAAAAAAAGUUGCAAUGCUGAUUUUGUCUGUGCUUACAGUCUUCGCAUUUUUGACUGGGUUUUUCACAAUCAAUAAAGAGGAUGAUUUCGAGAGCUUUGGUUUGCCUUUUGAUGCCAGAUAUCUUAAAAAUUCUUAUGUUGCACCGUGGCUAUUGCCUGGAAAAGGAGCAUUCACGUAUAAUAGUUAUUCUAUGACCCGCAAAGUUUUUGUAUGUAAUGAUAACACCAGUUGGGGUAGUUUCUAUAAUGCUUCAGUUAUGAGCAAUUCCUCCAGCUCAGUUACUGUUUUUACCAAUCCAUGCAAAGACUUCGCAUUUCCACCCCCUCCUCCUGGUGAUACAAGGCGAAUUGGUCCACGCCCAUGCCCGGUAUGCUAUAUCCCUGUGGAGCAGGCCAUAGCUCGUAUGCCCAAAUUUCCAUCACCAUCUCCUGUUCUUCAUCAUAUAACUUAUUUUUCUGAGGAGAAUCCACUGAAAACCAAACCAAAUGGAGGCUCUGAGUUUGGUGGUUAUCCUUCUUUAAAACAGAGGAAUGAAUCUUUUGAGAUUAAAGAGUCGAUGACUGUUCACUGUGGAUUUGUCAAGGGAUGCAGACCUGGUUAUAGAACUGGUUUUGACAUUGAUGUGGCUGACCUUGAGUUGUUGGAGCAGUCCCACGAGGUCAUUGUUGCCUCUGCUAUAUUUGGAAACUAUGAUGUAAUUCAGCAACCAAGUAAUAUUGGUGAAAUUGCAAAAAGAAAUGUUCCCUUUUUUAUGUUCAUUGAUGAAGAGACCGAAACAUAUUUGAAAAAUGCAAGCACCUUGGGCAGUGACAAGAUGGUCGGGUUAUGGAGGGUUAUAGUAGUACACAAUCUUCCUUACACUGACUCCAGAAGAAAUGGAAAGGUGCCAAAACUCUUGUUGCAUAGGCUGCUACCAAAAACUCGAUACUCAGUCUGGAUAGAUGGAAAGCUUCAGCUUGUCGUGGAUCCAUACCAGGUUCUUGAGAGGUUCUUGUGGCGCCAUAAUGCUACUUAUGCUAUAUCGAGGCACUAUAGACGCUUUGAUGUGUUUGAAGAAGCUGAGGCAAAUAAAGCUGGGAUGAAAUAUGAUAAUACUUCUAUUGAUCGUCAAAUUGAAUUUUAUAAACAGGAGGGUUUGACACCGUAUACGACUGCUAAGCUUCCUAUAACUAGUGAUGUUCCUGAAGGAUGUGUAAUAAUAAGAGAGCACAUCCCCAUCACAAAUCUUCUUAGCUGUCUGUGGUUCAAUGAAGUUGAUAGAUUCACUUCAAGGGAUCAGCUGAGCUUUUCAACCGUGAGGGACAAAGUUGCGGCCAAGGUUAAUUGGAGUGUUGAUAUGUUUCUAGAUUGUGAAAGACGCAAUUUUGUAAUACAGGCAUAUCACAGAGAUAUUUUGGAGCAAAGAGCGCAUUUGGCUCUUUUAAGACCUCGAGCACCUAAGACUCGUCCUCAUCCUCCGCCAACUAUGCCUCGCCAGAAAGGCCUUCCUAGAAAAGGUGUUACCCAACGAGGAAAAGACAAGAGACCCAGUACAAGGAGGCGACGUAGAAAUCCCAAAACUAGGGAAAUUUUCUUUGAUUGACUUUUCACAUGUGUUUUACCAUAGACGACGAACUGUAUAGUGUUUUUAGUCUGUUAUCCGGCACGGAUGGGAUAGUUUGAAUUUACGGAUAGAUACGUUUAGCAGAGCCUUGAGAGAAAUUUUGCUCCAACAUUGUUCGAAUUCUCAAACAUAUUUGUUGUAAGUACUGUUCUGCCAAUAAUUUAGCUGAAUUUUAUAAUUUAUUCUGAA